UUUGCUCUGGUUACAUGAGCUCACACAGAAGAGAGUGAGAGGCCGUGGAUGAAGACAUUUACCUGGAGACGACAAAAAUAAAAAGGGCCUCAACGCACAGGAGCCACAGAAGAAAAUCCUGAGGAGAAAAGAGAGUAGAGCCAUCCAGAUGAUGAAGUGUGUUGUUGUGUUGCUGAGCCUCCUCUCAGUGGGUCGCUCGGACCCGGAGAGCGGCUGCGACCGUCUGGUUCAACCAAUCACCAUCAGCAAUGAACAGAUGCUUGGUAGGUGGCUGUACAUCGGGGGGAGCACUGACCUCCCAGGAAGCCGCUCGCUGGGCCAUCUGAUGACCAGUGUCUGGUUGGACGUCACUGCCACUUCCCAGAGCAACAUCCUGAACAUCCUCCAGACUCAGAGAAUAUACAGUGAUUGUUCGAGCUUAACCUACAACGCGACCUUUGAGAACAGCACAAUGUUAAUAGAGCAACCUUUCCACCUGAAGGAAGUCUAUCUGCCGACUGACUGCUCCGACUGUCUGGUCGUCUAUGAAGAAGUUAUCUCUGGCACAGACACGUUUACCAGUCUUCUGCUUUUCAGCAGGAGAAAGAGUGUCUCUGCCGUCACUCAGGAGAUGCUCAUGAGACAGGCAGAAUGUCUCCGCAUGCAGUCGCCCAUAAUGAUAAACCCCAACUACGAAAUCUGUCCGGACAACAUCCUGCCUUCAGAGGGACUCAGCGCCCUCAACACCGUGUUUGAAGCCAAGAUGGGACAUCGAGUUGCGAGACUUCUGGACAGUUUUUUUGAUAUGUUUGUGAACUGAUUUAUAAUUAACGUCGAGUUGUGUCAUGAGUCAUUUUGAAUGAGUAAACAUACAUUUUUACUGAUUGACAAUAAAUGGAUACAAAUAUUUCAUGUUUGAAUAUAUCCAAAUGUCACAAGUACAUUUCCAUACAGUUAAAAUGAUGUACUCCAAUCAACGUGUACAAUAUAUAUACAGUCCCUGUCACUCAAUUACACAUACUGUUAUAUUAUAAACAGGUAAAUAUACAGGAAAGAAAGAAAUAGACUAAGUUAUAGCUUCUAUGUCACAACAUCAUCAUUUUUUUUGCAUAUAAGGAGAUGUGUUUUUGCCAUUUAGAGAUAUUAUAUGUAACAAUUCUUCAUUAAAAAUAACCAAACCUA